AAAUCAGCCUGCGAAUGACCAAUAUUCUCUCCAAAUUUGAUACCAGGCUUAUUCGAUUAGAAAAAUCUAUAAGCCCACUGCACUCAUCCACCCAGUCUUUAACGCGAAUAGCCGAUAACAUUGACAAGACCAUCCAAGCUAUCGAUCGAAUCGCCGCACGACAGGAAGGUGUUGCGGCCGAAGAGGCAUUGAUACUCAGAGGCCCCAGUUCACAAGAUCUUCCCUCAUACUUCGAUGCGAUUGAGCGUCUGAACGCCCAGAUAGCUUUCGGUAGUGCCGAGCGGAGUGCAAAAGAUACUGGACGAGUUAUCGAAACCGGAGGAAAGAAGUUGUGUCAGCUUUAUACCAAACUCGUUGCUGAAGCGUCGGCUGGCCCAACGCCGGAUCCAGAAGCGUACCAAUCUGCCCUUCAGGUGCAGCCCAUUCCGCCCCGAAUAAUAACCGCUCUUGAACCUCUUGUUACCUUUAUGCGAUCACUCCCGAUCCCAUCCACCCAUCCUACCCACCCCGCUUCGUAUGGUCUUUCUGCCGCCUUGAAGGACUGUCAAGCGGGUUACGCCGAGAUGCGAGCUGGAUGGGCAAAGAAAUGCGUUGAGCCAACAUCCAAGCGUGUGCUGGAAAGGGUGGAGAGGAGAGAUGCUGGUACCGAUGUCGAGGCGGGCCGUCUACUCGGUCGAUGGGUAGCGGGGGUUCUCACUUUGGCAGAAGCGGAACACAAUCUAAUGGAACGCUUGCUGCCAUUUUCGAAUCCUCAAGCGCUGCAGUCAACAUAUUCCUCCUUCAUCUCGCCCAUCUGUACCAUGGUUGCAAACGUCUUAACCGCUGCACACGCACCAGUCCGCCGCUCCUUGAGCUCUCAUGUCUUCCUCGCGUUCACUCAAUACAGUUCCGUUUCUGCGCUCCAGCCACGAUGGGAUAUUGUAAUGCGACAGCGAGCAGGCAGGAAAGAGAACGAACUGGCCGAGAGCCUACACUCCCUAAGGGCCAUCUGUUUGCGAAGCUUUCCGGAAUUCUUGGCGGAGCUAAGAGCUGCGGGCUCAGCGAUCCCAAUGACACUAAGCGUUGGCGUAGCUGAUUUCACGCUCUCGACUGUCAAAUAUCUCGAGAUGCUCCCUCAGGUACAAGAUGCUGUGAGCACUUCCUUGAAGACACUUGGGGAUGGAAAUUGGAGAAUGGGCGACGUAAGUUUAGGUGUUUUUCAACCUACAACAGACGAAGACGCGAUCUUAGAACAUUAUCUCCAUGAUGUUAUGACCAUUCUAAUUCGAGCCUUGGAAGGUCGUGCUCGAGCGCUGAAACGAGCUCAAACAGGAUCUAUUUUCAUGCUGAACAAUCUGUCUUAUAUUCGAACCAAUAUUCUGCUCAAUCCCCGUUCCGCAAUUGAUGACCUGCUACCCGCGCAAGCCCAGGAUGCGCUAAACACGGCAUUCCGACAAGCAAAAGUGUCCUAUUUCGAGGCCAACUGGGCACCAUUGCUGGCCAAUCUCAGUGAAGGCAAAGGAAGCAGACAGGUCGUGAAAGACCAGUGGACUGGAUUUUUUGACGGCCUAGCCGAGGUUGCGGCCACGCAUCAGGCAUUCCCUCUCAAUAAACAAGACGCUGAGCUGAGGGAGAAACUGGCCGAAGAAGUGAAUAACCUUGUGCUGCCUGCGUUCCAGAGAUUCUCGGCGCGUCAUCAAGCGGCAGACUUCACUAAAAAUCCUCAAAAAUAUAUCCGGGCGACACCGGACGAGGUCGCACAGCAGAUUCGGUCCUUCUUUCGAUAGGGUUACCAACCCAUUUGUACAUUAGUGCAUAUUGUAUUAUGGCUGCACUGCCGUAUUAACAUGAUCGCACCCUCAGCGAUACACAUGGUCAGCCAUGAGGUUGGCAGCAAUUUCUGGCUCCAUCCUAUCGCCGUUUGCAAGGAGCUUUUCCUUGUUGUAGAGCAGCUCUUCACGCGUUUCCGUCGAGUACUCGUAGUUGGAUGUUUCAACGAUAGCAUCAACAGGACAUGCUUCCUGGCAUAACCCACAGUAGAUGCACUUGGUCAUGUCUAUAUCGUAUCGUGUUGUCCUGCGCGAUCCAUCCUCACGAGUUUCAGAUUCAAUUGUGAUAGCCUGGGCCGGGCAGAUGGCUUCACAGAGCUUGCAAGCAAUGCAUCGCUCCUCACCGUUCGAAUACCGACGAAGAGCAUGCUCCCCACGGAAUCGCGGGCUAAUCGGACCCUUUUCAAAAGGAUACAUGAUAGUGUAAGGCGGGCGGAACAUGUUCUCCAACGUUAUCAUCAUCCCCUUCACAAUCUCGGUAAAGAAGAAUAGCUCGCUAGCCUUGUCCAAUGCUGAAGGGCCACCAGCGUAAGGGUUUUGGUAUACUGGAGCAGCGCCAGCACCGAGAUCCUUGAGCGUACUGGCGGACUUGGUGCCUGUGAUGCCCGGUUCAACCUUUGUUGGACCAGUCGUCGACUUGGGUGUCACUACUUCCGCUGCCCGAAAUGCAGAGUUAGAGAAAGCGCGUGCUGCGAGUGGGCGAGUAAACGUUGCAAUGCGCCGAAGCGCGAUUGCGCGCAUAGGGCUGAGCGACAUGACCGCAGCGAAGAGAGGGAUGGGAACGACGAGGAAGGGCUCGGGAAC